GAGGAUGCAAUAUUUUGGGAUGGCUUGCGGGCAUCACGUCCAUCAUGUGAUGACAAAACCAGGGAAGGUGAGUUUUGUGUCCCUGCCUUGCAGAGUUUGAUGGAGAAUCGGUCGGAUGACAGCGGGAACUGUUGUUAUCACCGGGGGAAUCCUAGCGACGGUGAUCCUACUGUGCAUCAUUGCUGUGCUCUGCUACUGUAGGCUACAGUAUUACUGCUGCAAGAAAAAUGACUCCGAUGAGGAAGAGGAGGAGGAAGAGGAGGAGGAGGAGGAAGAGCCCGACCUGCCCGCGCACUCGCACCUCGUCAUGUGCAACGCCUGCAGCUCCCGCAUGGUGGACGGGCAGGGCAGCCCCGCGCCGCCGCCCGGCGAGCUCAACCAGCACGGGGCUCACACCUACUGCCCGACGUGCUCCCCCUACGGCUCCCCCUUUUACAUCCGGACUGCCGACAUGGUGCGCAACGGCGGCGAGAGGGUCGCCUACGCCCCCGCGUGCUACAAGGAGAUGGGGCCGCCCCUCAACAUGGCCUCCCUGCAAAGCUACACGGUGAGCCGCCACGGCCUCCUCCGCGACAGCUUCCCGAACCCGCGGGCCAUCAGCACGGAGGUGUAG